AUGAAGAGAUAUGCUAACUUAGGAAAGGUCUUAUAUAUGAAUAUAGUUCUAACAUUUCAUUUAUCUUAAUGCUUGGCUUUGGCCAGUCUUUUGCCUCAAAUUGUCGAUUAGAACAACUAUUCAUACUUAGGCGGUCUAGGAUUGAUUUGUAUAUAUACAGUAAAUCUAAUUUUCAACCUAGUUGCCCCACUUUAUUUAACUAAAAUGAAAUACCGAUACGGAUUUGCUUUUUAAGCAGGAUUAGUAUUGCCUUCUUUUAUUCCUGCUUAUAUUAUAUCAAGGUGUGAUGGAAAUGAUGUCUAAGAUUUAAUUUGCAACCCAAUUAUAUUGAUUCCUCUAACUUUGAUCGGAUGUGUCUUUUUAGGAGCAGGGUUGGGCGGAUAUUUUGUUCUCUAAAAUACAUAUGUUAGUCACUGUUCCACAGACAAAAAUAAGCAGUUGUUUUUUGGUGUAACUUACAUGUUACUUGGAAGUUCAUAUUUGUUGAAUGGGGUGACUUCUAAUUAAUUAUUAUCAUACAUAGGUCGAGAGAAUUACUUUUUGUAUAGUGGAUUGUUUGAGUGCAUAUUAUCUCUAUUGUUUAUUUUCGUUUAACAACCCGAUAAGGGUAAUCAAAAUUAAAUUUCUGAAGCCAAUCAAUGUCUCAUCCAGAAUGAUUCUGUUGAUAAACCUGAAGAAUAGAUGGCCAACAUUAACAAGAAGUUUGCCAAAAUAGGAUUCAAAGCAUAAAUCAAGUAGAUUAAAUAAAAAUUUUAAUUGAAGGAAAUGAAAUUUUUGUUUUCUUUAUUUAUUUCUACAGGUGUAGUUGUAGGUUUUGAAUUUGGGAUCUUUCAUAAAUUUAUUUCAGCAUCUCUACCUGGCGAAGAUGAGAUAACAGUAAAUGUUAAAACAGCCAGAAUCUUUCUAUUUGUUGGAGUGGCUUAAAUAUUGAGUGGGAUCUGUAAUGGGGUAUCUAGAUACUUCUUUGGAAUUAUUUAAAAUUCAAUCUUUUAUGGGAAUGUGUUCUAAUGCUUGAAUAUAAUUUCUAUUAUUAGUGCAUUUUAAUAAAAUUAUAAUAUCAAUAUCAUUUUAGGCUUUUUGAUAGGAUUUACAGACAAUUCAGGAUAAUUCAAUUCCGCUGUCAUCAUCUCAGAUAUUUGGAAUGAAGAUAUGGCAAUUUUUGGUUUAUAUUUAUUUUGUCAAAAUUUUGGAGUAAUGUUUACCAAUCUUGUUGCUAUAUUUCUUGACGGAUAAUCCCUAUUUUAUUAUUUGAUAUUGUUGAUUGCUCUACAAUGUGCUACUAGUUUUUCAUAACAAUAAUUUAAAAGAUCAUUAGAAAAAGAAUGA